AUGGCUGCAGAAGUCGCGAAUUACGUGCCCACGAAUGGGUCGCAGCUUGAUCGUGAUCAUGACGAUCCGUUUCUCGACAACGACAGCCCUUCGCUGCUCGCAAGACCGCAUCGAGUCCUGCCUCCAUCACACGCCGACCAGGCCACUACGGCAUCGGAAGCACGACGCAUACUCCAGGACCAGAUCCACGAAAACGAACGGAGACUAGAAGAGGCACAGAAACUUGGCACGUCUUUACUGAGCCAGCAGGACGAUAUUCAGACGAGGCUUAAGGACCUACAAAGUCGUGGAGAUGAGUCCGAGAUCACGCCGGAACUACGCCAGCAGCUUGCUCAGCUCGAGAGAGAGCAUGAAGAUGUUGGCCGCGAGAUUGCAAGGGCAUUGAUGCCCAAGUCGCGCGUCGUGAGCGCCGAAGAGCAACCUCAGACAGAAGCAUCGGUCUACUCGAGUCAAGCGACCGCCUCGCCCACCAAGGUCACCGCUCCGAGUCGGCGACACCGCAAUCAGCCCUCGCAGAGAGCCGGCGAUCUUCAAUUUGCUGCCGACAUUAGCACGUCCUUGCUAGCUCAAGUUAGGCAGUUGCAGGCAGCCGUUGCAGAGCGUGAUGAACUUCUCAAGGAGCACCAGAUGGAUCGUAACAGGAUCGAGCUUGAUACUGCCGGCUUGACUCAACGAUUGCGAGCCCUUGACGAGAGUGAACAGCGCUACAAGGAUGAGAACUGGAAUCUGGAGACGCAGAAUCACCAGCUGAACGCUGCUGUUCGAGAAGCCGCCGACAAGGAAAAGAGACUGGCCGCUGCUGUUGCUACCGCCGGCGCGGAGAAGUCGCGAGUCCAGAAUGAGGUGGAGGAGCUCCGAGCAGCACAUGAAAAGCUCGUAGAAGAGCAUAAUGCUGCAAAGAAAGCACACGACACCGAAGUCCACGGUCUGAAAAGGACGGUCGAUCUUGGUGACAGUGAAAAGAGCCUUCUCCAGGCUCGAGUAGACGAGCUGACAUCGCAGAAUCAGGAGCUUGCACAGGCAAUUACAGCCAAAUUCCGCGCACAUCAAGCUCCGGCGGGCACAUCUGAGGACCUCGUGGAGGAUGAGGAAGGCCGCGACAUAAGCGCUCUUGACGAGUCCCCACCGCCGUCUCCCACUAAAGCCACGCCUCGACACCCAGGGCUUGAAUCUGAAACCCUACGGAGCUCUUUGCAUCAUGCUCAUCGAAUGAUUCAAAACCUCAAGAACAACAUCCAUCGGGAAAAGACCGAAAAGCUGGAACUGAAGCGAAUGCUUCAGGACGCCCGUGAUGAUCUUGAACAUCAGCGAGGAAGUGCCAACAGUGGGAGCAAGCGACUCAAAGCAAAGCCUGAGAACCGGAAAAGUGCAAAGCCCGAUAUGCUGGGUGGUAGUCGUCGUCCACGAACUGAUAUUGAGAUGGAAGAUCAGGACUGGGAAGAGCAUGAAGUGAACACUCCCACUCAUGGGCGUCGUCACCUGUCAAUCCCCGGUGCUUUCAGCCAAGCCGCUAUCACAGACAACAGCGAUGCGUAUGCGACCACCACGGAGGCUGAGGGCAAUUUCGAGACGGCAGACGAGGAGCAUACGAACGAAAGCGAGGCUUUCGCGACUGGGGCCGAGAGCCUGGCCGGCGACAGCACGGAUGAUUUGACCGAGACUGAGGACAACGUCUCUCGCGCCCAGCGGACUGGUACAAUCCGUGGCAAAUCUGUGCUAGCCUCAAAGCCUGCCGGUGAUCGAACGUCUUUCAUGAGCACUGCGUCAACAUCAGCUGGUGAGGACGCCGAAGAUCUCACUACAAUCGUGCCCACUCAGGCAAAGUUCCGUCUCAAGAACUCCCGUGGAGCGUCAAGGGCCUCCCAACAAUUGGACAAUGGCACACCUACAAGUGCCCGUGCUCUAUCUGUCAUUCAGGGAUCCUCUCCCGCCACUGCCAUAAACGAUCGAAGUCCUGGCGGACAAGAGCAGAAUCUGUUUGAUCAGCUGGGGGAGAUGGAUGACAUGAGCAGCAACGGCUUCGGAACGCCAGGUCGUCAGAGUAUUGCUUCGGUCAAGUCAACGCCCUAUUCAACCACUACCCCAAGCAGACGCGUGACCAGCGUACAGAAGCUGCCUCCAGUACCCGCCGUGGUUAUGGUGGAUGCGGCAGUCAUGACCGAGCCGUGGACAUCAGCUUCUGGAACUGGUUCGACAACUCCUUCAGAAGAUGAUGUUGUCAUUCUGCCCACCGCAAACGACUUUCCCUUGCCUCCUAGCGUUCCGGUGUCACCUAUGCGAAAGGCUGAUAUGAGCACACAAUAUACGCCACAGCGGCUGAUGCAGGGGUCACCCUCGCGCAAUGCUAACAGCUUUAUUACACCACCAAAGACAGUCUGGGAUGAAGCCAGUGAGGCGGGCCUUGUAAGCCCAUCAACGGGAAUUCAAGAUCAACCUCUGGGCUAUUCGGGAAUGCUCCAUCAGCACACGGAGCCUCGGUCGCCCCAGUCAACCGGUCUCGUGCCUGCGCUUAAGCCCGCGCUCGCGCUUGCGUUGUCGCCAAUCAUUGCUUUACAGACCGAGCCUUCUCCGCUACAGAGCCCGCCCGAAGCCCACCUGAAUGGAAUUGCUGUGCCUUCUCCAGCCAAACGUCCUAGCAGCGCUGGUAGCAAUCGUACCUCAAGCCUUGUCCGUCAAGAUCACCCUCCACUUCCCCCGAACCACAAGGCCGCAAUCGAGCAGGCUCGCGUGGCGUCGCCGCCGCCUAUCAUGUCUCCUGUUCGUGAUAGCACUGUGGUUAUGGGCCCUCCGAUGAUGCCGGCAUCAGCGAUGCGAAGGCCACGAACUCCAGCGGAUACUUCGGUGCGAUCGACUACACGGAACAGCUACAGCAAGGGUCAUCAACGAGGUAACACAGCGGCUUCUCAUGGUACCCAAAUUUCACGCCGUAGUUCGGUGUCAUCGUUCGCAUCUGAGGUAGACGAACGCUUCAACCUGCGACCUGGUGAACAGACUGCGGCCCCUGGCUUUGAGGCAUCGCCAGGCACGGACCCACGCAUGAUUCAAGCCAUCACUCAGACGAUGAUUGGAGAAUUCCUGUGGAAAUAUACCAGAAAGACUGGUCGUAGCGACUUCUCUGAUACGCGCCAUCGUCGGUACUUCUGGGUUCACCCAUAUACCAAGACACUGUACUGGUCCGAUCAGGAUCCACAGACUGCAGGCCGCAACGAGCUUAAAGCCAAGAGUGUAGCUAUCGAAGCUGUCCGUGUGGUAACCGAUGACAACCCAAUGCCGCCUGGACUUCAUAGGAAGAGCUUGGAGAUCACAACUCCUGGCCGCAAAGUCCGCUUCACCGCUAGCACAGGUCAGCGCCACGAAACCUGGUUCAACGCGCUCAGCUAUCUUCUGCUGCGCCAGGACAACCAGGGCGGCGAUGCGGCAAAUGUUGUUGCUGCUGGCUAUCCUUCGAUCACGCAAGACGAUGUCGAAGAAUUCAAUGCAAAUGGAUACAGAGCCCGCCUCGUGCCCAACAAUAGUAGCCGGGCUAGUAUGUCGAGCUACAAUUCGAGAACCACGAAAGGAACCACCAAUCGCGCUUCCAUGCGCAACAGUGCUGCGUUGACAGGCACAGCGUCCUCCUCAACCCAGCCGAGAAUCCACGAAGAUCAGACUGCCGACCGCACAAGUCGUGCUGAUCAGCCUCGCGAAGCCGACCGGUCAGGGCCGCGAACUGGAAGCAUGAAUAGAAUCUCGCGCGUCAUGGGUAGUAUCACCGGCCGCAACUCACAGUCUUUGAAUCGUGCAAGCGGUCGGAACGAGUCAAAUAGCGUCUACGAUGCUAGUGUCGUCAGCGACGGACGCAAAGACAGUGCGGAACAGCUGCGGCAGGAGAUGUUGCGAGAGGAGGAAGGACUGGAGAAUGUCCGGUCGUGUUGCGAUGGCAAGCACGAUGUGUCUACACUCACCCAUAGUGGACGUCACGCACAUCCGCAUUCCCAUACGCAUCGGGGUUGGAGCAUACGUGAUAGCGUCGCCAGGCGGACUCCAGGUGCAUAG